AUGUCAACGGUUUCUCAUUCCACCGUAGCAAUGCUACUUGACAUUGGGAACUUUGUCAUAACAUAUGCAUUUAAUUCAUCUGUUGUUAUAUGGCAGAGUUUUGAUCACCCAAUUGAUACUUGGCUUCCAGGAGGGAAGCUUGGACAUAAUAGGCUUAUGAAAGAAAAACUAAGUCUUACUCCAUGGAGAAACCCACAAAAUCCAGCACCUGGCCUCUUUCCUAUCUGGGCAACAUCUUGUAUGUGA